AUGGGCGUCAAGGAAUUCCUCAAAAGCCGUUCGGGCUUGCGUGUUGAUAAUCGCGCGACUACUUCGGCCGCUACUCUGACUCUACGACAGAGUCUGUGGCCAAAACCCUACACAUCGACCGAGGCCGUUCAGCUGGUCUUCAAGCAGCCUACUUCGGCCUCCCUGGGCUACGCAAACUGGAUCCUCCGCAACUUCGGCUACAAGACCGUCUUUAUCUUCGGUCUGUGCCUGUACGGCAUUGGAGCCCUAUGCAUGUGGCCAGCAGGACUAAACCAAUCCUUCGGCGGCUUCUGUGGUGCCACAUUCGUCAUUGGAUCCGGACUGGGUUCUCUCGAGACAGCAGCUAACCCCUACCUAACCGUCUGCGGUCCGCCCCGCUACUCCGAAAUCAGAAUCAACUUCGCCCAGGCCUUCAACGCCAUCGGCACAGUCGUCGGCCCAGUGCUAGGCUCGUAUGUUUUCUUCACCGAGACAGAAGACGACGUAGCCGCCCUACAGCGCGUGCAGUGGGUCUACCUCGCCAUCGGCGUAUUUGUCUUCUUACUCGCGGGCGUCUUCUUCCUCUCCAAUAUCCCCGAAGUCACAGACGAGGAUAUGGCCUUCCAGGUCGCGCAGACGCACGUCGAUGAACAGGAUAAGCCGUUCUGGAAACAGUACAAGCUUUUCCAUGCCACGCUGGCGCAGUUCACGUAUACAGGGGCGCAGGUCGCUAUCGCCGGCUACUUCAUCAACUACGUCAAGGAUACCUGGCCCGGUACGCCGGAUGCCACAUCGGCGAAGUAUCUCGCUGGCGCGCAGGGUGCGUUUGCAGUCGGUCGAUUCCUCGGUUCGGGGAUUAUGAAGUUCGUGCGUGCGCGCUGGGUCUUCCUGGUGUAUUUGUCUUGUACGGUGGCUUUCCUCGCUGCGUCGGUGACGCAGACGAAGCAGGUUGGUGUUGCUAUGCUAUUUAUGACGCUGUUCUUUGAGUCUGUUUGUUUCCCGACGAUUAUGGCGCUGGGUAUUCGUGGCCUUGGACGCCAUUAUAAGCGUGGCUCUGGGUUUAUUGUUGGUGGUGUUUGUGGAGGCGCUGUUGUGCCGCCUAUUCUCGGUCAUGUUGCUGAUAUGCGUGAUAAUACGGGGUUCGCGUUUAUUGUUCCGACCAUGUUUAUGGUCGUCGCUUGGACUUACGCUAUUGCUGUGAACUUCGUUCCGGCGUAUACGAACACCGUGGAUAAGAUUGGUGAGAGUGAGGUUGGUCUUGAGAGUCAGAGUACUAAGGAUGAGGAGGCUGUUAUGGGGUCUCAUGGUUUUGAUGAGAGUGUAGGCGAGAAGCACGAAGCCGUUCAUGUGGAGCGGUAG